GUCAUGGCUUCUUUUGGUCUUGUGCUUGGGUCCCCUUGGUGGGGAGGCCGAGGAGAGGUCUCAGGUGUCGGUGAUAUUGGAUUCUGCCACCGGGAAUCUCCUCACCGUGCCGGAGAAGGUUGAUAACGCUGUGGCCUGGGCAGAGCUCAGGGAUGGGAUACAGGACAAUGGGUGGGUACAUGGGCACAGGCUGAGAGGAGGAAAGGACUGAACCAAGCAGUAGGUAAAAAGUGGAACUGGAGGGGCUGGUGGAGGUUAGUAAGUAUUGGUACCCAGGAUGGCAUCACUAGCAUUGGAUAAUUAAAGCCAUUCCUGUGACAGGAGUUAUACCCAGAAAAUGGCUAAAGUUCUACUUCGUCUGGCCUAACAUUUCAAAGGGUCACUUUGAUAUAGGGGUGGAGAUGACUGUUCACCCAAGAAGUAGUUCUGUUACCAGAAAAUUGUCAUUUCAGUGCACUGUCCCUUGGCUAAAUGCCCUUCGUACAGUUUUGGGAAGUAGUGGGUGCAUUUAAAUGGUUACUCUAAGUAUAAUAACGACUACAGCCUGUCUAUAGUGGUUAUGAUGUGAGGAAUACCCUGGUCCCGUUUCCCUGUAGUAGGGAAAACCAUUUUGCAAUAAUUUGCCCUCUUACCUUGGUCUUCGUCGAGGAUCAUCUAUGGCCUGUGAAGUGCAUCCGGCUUCUGCAGAUGCCUGUCCCACAAGCCAUACACUGGCUGAGAGCGUCAGCUGAGCACUCUUAGCCAAAGAACACAAAUCGAUGCAUAGAAAUAUGAACAUGAUUGCCACUAGCCAGUCGUGAACUCUUCUUCUUUGGCAGCCAAUGGUUUAAACUCUGUAUGUGCAGUGUUUCAUAGCAAAAUGCUGUAUGUAUAGACUCUAGGCACCACCACUUUAACCCCUUAAGGACCAAACUUCUGAAUUAAAAGGGAAUCACGACAUGUCACAAAUGUCAUGUGUCCUUAAGGGGUUAAAUCACUGAAUUAAUCAUGGUGUUAUUAUUGUUGCAUUAUGCGUGAUAGCCGAGCGCAAACUUGGGACUGUUGGACAGUGUGAAUACAUAUACAAGUAUCCAUUCAUACGGACACAGUCACAUACAGUUGAAAAAAUUGACAUGGUAGCACAUGCUGUUAUUAUUAUUAUUAUUAUUAUUGCCAUUUAUAUAGCGCCAACACAUUCCGUAGCGCUUUACAAUAUUAUGAAAGGGGAUUUAACUAUAAAUAGGACAAUUACAAAUAAACUUACAGGAACAAUAGGUUGAAGAGGACCCUGCUCAAUCGAGCUUACAUUCUAUAGGAGGUGGGGUGUAAAACACAUUAGGACAGGAAUGUGCAAUCAAAUAAGGUGGGCUGCCCUUUAGGAGAGGGCAGGAGAUGGGUAUGUGAGGUAGGGGUUAGUCUUGGAGGCCAUAAGCUUUCCUAAAGAAAUGGGUUUUAAGGCACUUCUUAAAAGAUGCAAGACUAGGGGAGAGUCGGAUGGCGGUAGGCAGGCUAUUCCAUAGGAAGGGAGCCGCCCGCGAGAAGUCCUGCAAGCGCGAGUUGGCCGUACGGGUGCGGACAACGGACAGGAGGUGGUCACGGGCAGAGCGGAGAGACCGAGAAGGGACAUACCUGUGGAUCAGUGAGGAGAUAUAAGAGGGGCUAGAGUUGUUCAGUGCUUUAUAGGUGUGAGUUAGUGCCUUGAAUUGACUCCUCUAGCACACAGGAAGCCAAUGUAAGGACUGGCAGAGGGGUGAGGUGUGAGAGAACCGACUAGAGAGGAAAAUCAGUCUAGCAGCAGCAUUCAUUACAGACUGUAGGGGUGCAGUACGGCUUUUGGGAAGACCAAGCAGGAGAGGGUUACAAUAAUCCAUGCGUGAAAUUAUUAGAGCAUGGACAAGCUCCUUGGUAGUAUCCGGUGCAAGAAAGGGGCGGAUGCGGGCUAUGUUUUUAAGAUGGAAUCUACAGGAUUUGGCAACAUGCUGGAUGUGAGGCUCAAAGGUGAGACCAGAGUAAAGUAUGAAGCCAAGACAGCGCGCUUGCAAGGAUGGGCUGAUGUUGGUACCACAAACUUGAAGGGAGAGCGAAAGAGGAGGAUCAGUAUUAGGAGGAGGAAAGACAAGGAGCUCAGUUUUUGAGAGAUUGAGUUUCAGAAAGCGGGAGGACAUCCAGUCAGAGAUGGAAGAAAGGCAAGCAGUGACACGUUGCAGGACAGCAGGGGAGAGGUCCGGGGAGGAGAGAUAUAGCUGGGUGUCAUCAGCGUACAGGUGGUACUGGAAACCAAAUGAGGUAAUAAGUUUGCCAAGAGAGGCAGUGUAAAGAGAAAAUAGAAGGGGACCAAGGACGGAGCCUUGGGGGACUCCAACCAAGAUAGGGUGAGGGGAGGAGGUAUCAUUAGAAAAAGAGACACUGAAUGAGCGUUGGGAGAGAUAAGAGGAAAACCACGAGAGGACAGAGUCACAGAGACCAAGCGAUUGCAGAGUUUGAAGAAGGAGUGAUACCGGAGAAACUGACGGAAGCAAAGCACAGAGGGAUGGACACAGGUUUCUUCAGGAAGGAAGAGAUUCUUUAUUGGAUCACCGAUCGGGACUCAGAGGGACUAAUGUCACCAAAAAUACAGCAAGUUCUGAGCCCUGAACAAUAGUGCAAGCUCCCUAUAUAGGCACAUAACUCCUCCCAUUAAUAGCUACACCCACAUAUACCUUUAACCAAUCAAUGAGCAGAAUAUAUACUUGUACAUCUAGUCAAACCACAUGGCCCAUCCAAGACAAAGGAAAUAAGUGCAAUUUCAGUUCCUGCAUUCCUGCACAUGCUCAGUACACUGAUGACAGUAUCCUAGCUACAUGUAGCUAACCAACUGACACAACAUACACAUAUGCCACAUGGAGAUUUUGGCCUACUAAAUUUUAACCAUGCUGGAAUCCCAUCACAUUCCCCCCUUUGAUGCCUCUGAUAUAACAUUAUUCCAGAUGCAUCACCAAUCACAGUUUUACCUACAUCUCUCAAGUAGCCAUUGAACCAGAGUAGACCUUGUAAGCAUCUUAAAAACUCCUUCAACAUUCUUCAUCCUGAAUAUAUUCUCUUCGGGCUAGGGGAUCAUAUCUUCCAGACAGCCAUUACAUGAGCCGCUGUCUUUCUCUCUCUAGUACUCUCUAUAAUACUACGUAGGGACCUUACCACUAGUGGAAUUAGACAGGGCAGGAGGAGGCACAAAAAAUAUAAUAAAUUCUACUCCUCCUACUAAUGUCUUAAUUCCUCCAAGCUGCUCAUACCAACUUCCAAACCAACUACUUAGGUUAUACCCAUUCCAGACCUGAGUAGGUACAUGCUCAAAUUUAACCAUGUGGCUUGUAAGUUCAGCCACUGCCUGCCCUUCAUCAUCUAUGUGCAGACAACAGUUACUUAGAUUAAACUUUCCGCAUACACCUCCUUCUACUGCUAGUAAGUAAUCAAGGGCUAGCCUAUUCUGGUAUAUGGCUGAUCACAUCUUGGUAUUUUGCUUAGUUAGAAGAUUAAGCACUUGAGCUGUCUCAUUAGUAAUAAUCUCAACUACCGCCUGUAGUCUAAUAAUGCGGUUGAGCAUAUAUAAUCGGAGUUCUAUAUCCAUAAGUGCCAUCUUCUGCCCAAGUAGCAGGUCCAUAAUAAUUAAUAAUACGUUGAGGGGGCCACUCAUUAUCUUCCCAGCUACCUAUAUUCAAGGAUGCUCUCUCCCUUUUAUGAUUUACAUCGUAAACCUUAACUCCCAAGGUCUCUCCUGUUUCGAUUGGCAACAAGAAGAAGGAUGGCUUUGGCAUACCUAAUACACAUGCCCCUUCCCAAUCUUGUGGUAACUCCGAAUAAGUUUUAUUACCACAAAUCCAGUAUAAAUUUGCUGGGGCUUUCCAACUAGAUGUAGCCGAUAAGUCAAACCAUACCUCCUUUAAAUGAGUGUAAUUGGCAAACGGAUUAGUAGGUUCCGAGACAUUUGAAGCUGACCACCAAGUAGUAUUUUUAGUAUUAACAUUAUAGGCUUUUUGUCCCAAGCACGUUAGCUCACCUACAGACGUGUUAUACAUUGUCCCUUUCCUGGCUAUACAAACAUGACCUAUAAUGGAGGUUUUUAACCACCAUUCCAAUUUACUUCUAGUACUUACUUGAUGAUCAGACUGGAAAGGUAUCUGUUGUUCAUAUGUCUCAGAGCCAGGGUACCAUAUUUCCUUUGCCUCCCAUGGCCACUGGUCUCCCAUAUUAGUACCUCCACACACAUAGCAAUUAGUUACAUUAAGACUACCUGCAAUACCCUCAGCCAAAUCAAUAAAUAGGUUGUUAACAUUAUGGGGAAUUUUAUCCUCAAUACUCAUCUCCUCAUAGAAGGAAUGAGAAACCUGAUGAGUUUGAGUUGCCACUGUCUCAGUUUCAAGACCUACAUAUAUUAUUGUUCCUGAAUUUACUCCUGUGCCAUAUAUUUGGACCCAAACAGACCUCCAAACCUGUCAAUAAAGUACUGCAGAUUGGAAAUGGUCAUGUGAACGGGGUUACACACAUAGUUUUACAGUAUGGUGUGGUAGGCAACCUUUGGAUAAUCAUAUCUUGAUCCACUGUUUUUCCCAGGUUGCCCAACCUACACAUGACCAAUAGGGGCAGAAGUUAGUCUCUAUUUGGGCAAUCAGGAUCAGUAGAUCUUUUACUGGGACAUAAGUAUUUAUCAUUAAACCCAUAAGUUCGUUCCCAUUUAAGAUUACCACAUACAUUCCAAAGUCUUCCACUACCCGAAAUCGCCUUACAUGCAUCAAAUAGUAGAAUACCCGCGGAAUGUAUGGUGCUUAUCACAGUCCUAUUUAUUAAUGUCCCCUGGGAGUUACUAUUCCGAAUUACCAACCAAAUUGUACGGGGUUGGAAAUGGGGAUCAAAACAUUUAGACUCUCCUGAUAUUGGCUUGCACACACUAUAAUCAAUAUCCAAAUAUCUACAUUUAGAUACAGAUCCCUUACAUUCAUACUGUGAGUGCCAGAUGAAAGUUUGGGAUAUUUGGUUACCUGUUUUAGUAGUCUUAAUGCAACUAUCGCAAUUCGGUAUGUCUAUACUCCUACCUUCCUGAAAAAUCAUAAAAAUACUAAGACACAAUAAAACACAUUAUUCCUGAAAUCCUCAUUUUUCUUCGACCGUGCGAUGGCCUCUCAGCUUCCCGAUUGUGAGGGCUGCAAGGAUGUUGUUCUUCUGAUCCUCACUUUCCUUCACAGAGAUCCCUUCAAGAUACUCUGGCUAUGACACGUAGGCAGGUGGUCAGGCUUUAUUAUGGCCGUCAAAACACCUACUUGAUGAUCUUUGUAGACUUUUAACUAGAAUGUCUCGAUAUCCCCUCGUCACUCCGACUGAGUUGCACGCUUCAACCGGGUCCUGCAAGGAUUCUCAGGAUCUGGAGUAGUUUGCCAAGAGUCUGCUGCUGGUUUAACCUUAGAAUGAUGAAUCCAAGGAGUCACUUCCGCCACCUUUACAGCUGUUGGGGUAGAUAAAAGAACAACAUACAAAGGCUAACAGAAUACACCCCGAGCUUUAACUCAAUAUGUAUUGGUGGGAUAUUACGAGCAAGUCCUGGAGGAUUAUUUUCUUCCCAUACUCCUGGAAUGUCAAGUAAGGAUUCAUCACUCUUAGGGUUAACACUUGUCACUAUGGAAUAGAAGCGUCAUUCUUCUUCCCUCGGCACCGAUAUCACCAUUAUGCCUGGUAAUCCCUUAAACUUCAGAGAUGUUAAUCCAUUAGGUAAAAGGUUAUCUGAGUUUAAAGCUUCGAUAAUAGAUCUCGUCCUAAAAGUUGAAUCGGACACUCUGGCAUAUAUAGGAACUAAUGCUUCACCACAGAAUGUUCAGCACCUGUGUCGAUCAUGAAAGAACUUCUCUUUCCCCCUAUUGCUACAUCGACCAUAGGCUACGCUCGACCAAGUGGGAUGGAGCCCAGUCGGUAUCAAUAGUCUUCCAUGAUAGUGUCAGCCAGACCCACAAAAUCUCUAUCCUCUCUUUCUCUAGGUCUCUGCGUGGGUGGAUAGUAUCUGUCUCCUUGAACACUUCCUCUACUAUUCCCACCAUUCCCUCUAAAACUUCCUCUUACUCUAUAACUACCACUAUAACCUCCUCGUACCCUUCUCUCUCCUUGUCUAUCACCUUCAUACUGCUCUCUCUGUGGACACUCACUCUUCCAAUGUCCCUCCUUUCUACAAUACGCACAUUAAUUCCUACUUAAAGUCCCUUGCUCAGCCUAUUCUCGUCUCCUCUAUUCACUUCCCUGUCUUUCUACACUUAAGAUAGCUACCGCUAGCAUAUCUGCCUUUUUCCUCAUUUUACGUUCUUCCUCCAUCUCCCUAUUCAUAUAUACUGUAUUUGCAAUCUCCAUUAGCUGUAUUAUGGACAUCCCUACAAAUCCCUCUAAUUUUCUUUAAUUUCCUUUUACUAUCACCUUGGGCCUGGCUGACAAAUGCUGAGUCUAUCAUUCGGAAGUUUUCAGGGGCCUCUGGAUUAAAGGGAGUAUACAACCUAUUUGACUCAAGCAGUGUCUAAUAUGGGACUUCGGCAAGGCUGCCCAAUAAUAGGUUCCAGUCUAGGAGUAGUAAGAUAAUUUUAUUAGUCAGCAUUUGGUGGAUGAAAAAACGUUUUUUUUUUUUAAAAGUGUUAAACCAAAAACCUACCAGUAGGUGUCACCAGAGGGUAAUUGUAUCAAAAUAAUCUUUAUGGGUCUAAUAAGAAAACUCAACUUUUAAUAUAUUUAUACAUAAAAUAAAACCUUAUAGCAAUAAAUAUAUUAAAAUAGGGUAAGCAAUCCUACAUCUAUCUGUUAUAAACAAUGUAUUAUCAAUGUAACUCCCGAAGAUGGCCAGUAGGUGGCUUAGAGUGCCUCCCUAAAGUCAAAUGAAACAAAUAGACUUUAAUUAAUUAUGUCCUAUUUUAUUAUUACUUAUUUUAAUCAAUGUCCACCCUGCUAGCUAGGUUUGAUUAAAUCUUUAGUUCUAAGGUAAAUUAAACAUUUCAGUUUGUAGUUCAGUAAAAGGGGACAUUUUGGACAAAGCUGGGAGGGGCCCAUCCAGUAACUAAAAAAACCCAAUAUACCAUUUGAUACCAUUGAUCAUUGAUUAGGGGGAGGGGUAGUACAGAAAUACAAGAGUUUGAAACACAGGAACAGAUAGGUAUGUGGGUAGGCGGGGACAGUAGAGCAGGGGAGUGCAAAUACUGAUUAUACCAGCCAGAAAUGGGCGUGGCUAAUCUGGCUCUGGAGGAUGUUUGGGGGGUUGGUAAUCAGAUGCCAGGGGGGGAGGGGAUGUCCAAAGCAGUUGUAAUUAAGUCCUUAGUUCUGACCACCAUGUGGCUACAUUGUUUCCCAUAUGACACAGUUUAAUUCACCAAGGCAACAAUCAGUUUCCAACAGUCAAUAUAUAGAAACUGAUCAUAGAAUUCCAGCCUACUAGUUACAGCCACAUGUACACUCUGCACUAAAUUUAAGUGAAGACUGCUACAUGGAGGCCAUGCGGCCACCAGGACAAGCUACUCCCUACUUUUUUUUUUUUUAAACAUACAAGACAAAAGACUAACAGCCAAGUGAAUCAGAUUAUUUCAACAGAACGUCUGAUUCAAAAAGCUGUACAAAUAUACACACAGUUUCAACAGUCACACCAAUCUCCUUAUCACCAGCAACACAUUGCGCAGUCACUAGGCCCAAACACACACACAGGAUCCUCACAUGCUCAACAAUAUCACGACGUCGCACACACGAAAUUAAAUCAAAAACCCACCAAAGACUAUACACUUAUCAAUGUAACUAUUAUUCAAACCAUACAACUAUCCACGCUAUUAAUCCAUAUAAACUAACCGAUCACAUAACAUUUCAACAAAUUCAUCUCUACAAUUAUCUGUACUAUAAAUCAACUUUUGACUAACCAACUAUAUCACAUUCUAGUAACCUCAUCUUUACAGUCAGUGGUUAUGGUACAGUUAGUAAGUGGUUAUAAUACAGUUUUAAAGUCACAGAUCAGUUAGUAACAGUUAUGGUAUUAUACAUAUAACAUAAAACAGCAAUUGUUAGUAAUUUUUACACAAUGUCAGUGGUUAUGGUACAUGUCAGUAGUUAUGGUACCGUGCGCUAUUUUACAGUUAUACACACAAUUUACACUCCCACUAGACAGCAGAGCUCUAACUUUCUAGUAGGACAUACAAGUUAACCAAUUCACCAACUACAAUAUAUUUAACAACAUUUACAAUAAUCCCAACUAAACUAUUGGCCAGUACCUUGAAUAGACUACCUAAAACUAUAUACACCCGUUUUGGUUAGCCACACUGCCCAAGCACCACAUAUAGCGAACUAGAGGGCGGAAAUUGCCCUUCUAGUCUAUUUACUCUAUCAAAAGUCUAGUGGGUUCCAAAUUUACACGCCUUCCCACUUAGCCAAGAUAGGUUGAGAGCUAGCGAACCGAAUUUACACAGGCGCCGCUUAGUCUCCCGGUCCCUCCGACCUAGCGAACGUAAUAUACACCCUAGAACGCUAGUCUAGACAAGACACCGGUGUCCGGCUAGGGCUAUUUACACAGGACCCCGCCUGACUAACCAGAUCAAACGGUCUUACUAAAGAGCGUUCGAUCGAGCGGUGCGCCUUCGCUCCUUCCCUCCGACAGAGGGGGCAGAUUCCAUACACAGAUUUAAACCCCUUUUGGGCCUACCGCACAAUCGGUAUACCCCUAGUGGGUCUGCCGUCUAAAACAGCAGUUGUCUUACCUCCUCGUUCCUGAACCUGAGUUCACACUCAUCGACGGGGACACCCCAGCACUUCUUACGUAGAGGCCGAUGAUCUCCUGGACAACAGACCAGUGGCGCCGAGACGAAGGGAGGUCCACGCAGAAGUUCAGGGGUGCAGCCGUAGAGAACGUGGGCAAAGAUAGACCGUCUCACGCCUCUGCCUCUCAGCUACCGUUGAACGAUGAGCUUCCCAGCCAAUGCACCAAAUGAUACCGGAGAAACUGACGGAAGCAAAGCACAGAGGGAUGGACACAGGUUUCUUCAGGAAGGAAGAGAUUCUUUAUUGGAUCACCGAUCGGGACUCAGAGGGACUAAUGUCACCAAAAAUACAGCAAGUUCUGAGCCCUGAACAAUAGUGCAGGCUCCCUAUAUAGGCACAUAACUCCUCCCAUUAAUAGCUACACCCACAUAUACCUUUAACCAAUCAAUGAGCAGAAUAUAUACUUGUACAUCUAGUCAAACCACAUGGCCCAUCCAAGACAAAGGAAAUAAGUGCAAUUUCAGUUCCUGCAUUCCUGCACAUGCUCAGUACACUGAUGACAGUAUCCUAGCUACAUGUAGCUAACCAACUGACACAACAUACACAUAUGCCACAUGGAGAUUUUGGCCUACUAAAUUUUAACCAUGCUGGAAUCCCAUCACAGGAGAGCAUGAUCAACGGUGUCAAAGGCCGCCGAGAGGUCAAGAAGAUUUAGUAUGGAGUAGUGGCCUUUGGAUUUAGCUGCGAUUAGGUCGUUAGUAACUUUGAUAAGGGCAGUCUCUGUAGAGUGGAGAGGGCAGAAGCCAGAUUGAAGGGGGUCAAGGAGAGAGUUGGAAUUGAGGAAAUGAGACACACGGGUAAAGACGAGUCUUUCCAGAAGCUUUGAGGAAAAAGGGAGCAGGGAUAUGGGACGGUAGUUAGAGGGGGUGGACGGGUCAAGGGAUGGUUUUUUUAGUAUAGGUACUACAGUGGCAUGUUUAAGGUCAGCAGGGACGAUGCCAGAAGAGAGCGAGCAGUUGAAGAUGUGUGUUAGAGAAGGCACGAGACAAGUGGAGAGAGAUCUGAUAAGGUGAGAUGGGACAGGAUCGAGCGGGCAAGUGGUGGGGCGAGAGGAGCAAAGAAGAGCAGCCACCUCUUGGUCAGUGGCUGGGGAGAAUGUCUGAAGGGUAGGAAAGGCAUGAUCAAUGUGUGAUUGAGAAACAGAAAGGCAAGGAGGGGAGAAUUCUUUCCUUAGCUGUUCAAUUUUGUCAGUGAAGUAACAUGCAAAGUUAUCAGCAGUAAGGUUGGUUUGGGGGGUGGCCACAGCGGGGCGAAGAAGAGAAUUAAAGGUGUCAAAGAGACGCCUGGGGUUGCGGGAACAUGAACUAAUGAGAGAGGAAAAAUAGGACUGUUUGGCAAGGGCAAGGGCUGCACUGUAUGAACACAGUAUGAAUCUAUAAUGGAGAAAGUCUGACUGGGUGCGAGACUUCCUCCAGGAGCGUUCAGCACACCGGGAGCAUCUUUGCAGGUAGCGCGUUGAUUUAGUAUGCCAUGGUUGGGGGCGGGUCCUCCUUGAGGUGCUUGCUUGGAGUGGCGCUGCAGUGUUCAAGGCAGAUGUAAGAGUAGAGUUAUAUAUGGAGAUGGCCAGUGAAGGACAGGAUAGGGAAGGGAUGGACAGCAGUUGUGGAUCAAUGUCAGCUGACAACUGUUGGAGAUCAAGAGAAUUAAGGUCCCUCCUGAGUUGAGGCUGGUUAGGCGGAGGUUGUUGGGUGAGGGGGUACGUGAGAGCAAACGAUAAGAGGUGGUGAUCAGAGAGAGGAUAGGGAGUGUUGCAGAUAUUAGAUACCGUACAUGCAUAAGUGAAGAUUAGGUCAAGGGUAUUGCCAGCUACAUGGGUGGGUGAAUUUGCCCACUGUGAUAGCCCGAGGGAGGAAGUAAUUGAAAGUAGUUUAUUGGCUGUAGAGGUCAAAGGUGGGUUUAUAGGAAUAUUGAAGUCCCCGAGAAUUAGGGAUGGGAUGUUAGAAGAGAGGAAAUAGGGUAGCCAGGCAGCAAAAUGGUCAAGGAAGGGAAGAGGGGAACCAGGGGGACGGUAAAUAACAGCAAUGUUAGCAGCGAAGGGUUUGAAAAGGCGAAUUGAGUGUAUUUCAAAUGACGGGAAAGAGAGGGAAGGGGGGGUGGGAAGAGAUUUAAAAGAGCAGUGAGGGGAGAGGAGAAACCCAACUCCACCACCUUUACAUUCAGAGUUUCUUGGGGUGUGGGUAAGUUGGAGACCACCGAAGGACAAAGAUGCAGGGGUGGCAGUGUCAGAGGGGGAGAGCCAGGUUUCUGUUAAGGCUAGUAAAUCUAUUGAACGAGAGAUGAAGUAGUCAUGGACAGCAGUGGAUUUAGUUAUAUUGCAAACAGAGCGUGCGUUCCAGAGGGCAGUAUUGAAUGAGGAUUUAGAGGAACAAGAGAUGGGUAUGAGAUUAGUGUGGAUCCUUGGGUUAGUAUGUGCUGAGUUUGUUGAGAGGGGACCGGGGUUUGGAGAGACAUCACCAGCUGCUAGGAGCAGAAGGGUAGAAAGGAAGUGAAGGUGGGAGUAGGAUUUGAAAGUUUUGUAGGAGGGUAUGUAUGUGGAGGAUUUGGAAAGAGUCGGUGGAGAUAGGCUGGAAAGGUAUGUGUAGAGUGCAUGGGAUGAAUAGAGAGGGGAGGGGAGUAAGGUGGAAGUAAUGAUGAUGGUGUUGCCAGGGACAGGUGAGUGAAAGGAUAGGGAUAUUUUAGUAAUGACAGAAGUUAGUGUUAAUGUGAAAAAUAGAAGGGAGAACAUUAGAGAAAAUGUGUAUUAUAUAGAUAUGUAGAUCAUAUAUACAAACACACAAUAUCAAUAUCAAUAAGUGUUUAAACCAUUGUAAGGAUGCAUUGUGUUAAAUGAAUUCAGGUGAGGAGUGGUUUAAUGACUUGAUUGGUGUGUUAUGGAAACCUGCUGAUGUGUUAUAUACAUAGACAAUCACACGAGGCAAAGUAGCCACCUCUUUGUGUCUAAGUGGGCUGGUGGGAGAGAGCUAAGUACCAGGGGCACUGGCCCGUGUCCUCUAAUCUAGUCAGCCCCCCCUUUUUUUUUCUCACGUUGCCUAUAGAUAUAGGUAACAUAUGAUCAUCCACAACGAAAUCCCAGCAGUUUCUUAGUGCUUAUACAGUUGCAAGAAAAAGUAUGUGAAGCCUUUGGAAUGAUAUGGAUUUCUCCACAAAUUGGAGAUCCGAUCAUCAUCUAAGUCACAACAAUAGACAAUCACAGUCUGCUGUGAUAACACACAAAGAAUGAAAUGUUGCCAUAUUUUAAUUGAACUCACCAUGUAAACAUUCACAGUGCAAGUUCAACCAGUUUAAUAACUGGUUGAACCUCCUUUGGCAGCAAUAACUUCAACCAAACGUUUCCUGUAGUUGCAGAUCAGACGUGCUAAUUCUUGACCAUUCCUCUUUACAGAACUGUUUCAGUUCAGCAAUAUUCUUGGGAUGUCUGGUGUGAAUUGCUCUCUUGAGGUCAUGCCACAGCAUCUCAAUCAGGUAGAGGUCAGGACUCUGACUGGGCCACUUCAGAAGGCAUAUUUUCUUCUGUUUAAGCCAUUCUGUUGUUGAUUUACUUCUAUGCUUUGGGUCAUUGUCCUGUUGCAACACCCAUCUUCUGUUGAGCUUCAGCUGGUAGACAGAUGGCCUUAAGUUCUCCUGCAAAAUGUCUUGAUAAACUUGGGAAUUCAUUUUUCCUUCGAUGAUAGCAAUCCGUCCAGGCCCUGAUGCAGCAAAGCAGCCCCAAACCAUGAUGCCCCCACCACCAUACUUCACAGUUGGGAUGAGGUUUUGAUGUUGGUGUGCUGUGCCUUUUUUUCACCACACAUAGUGUUGUGUGUUUCUUCCAAACAACUCAACUUUGGUUUCAUCUGUCCACAGAAUAUUUUGCCAGUACUGCUGUGGAACAUCCAGGUGCUCUUGUGCAAACUGUAAACGUGUAGCAAUGUUUUGUUUGGACAGCAGUGGCUUCCUCUGUGGUAUCCUCCCAUGAAAUCCAUUCUUGUUUAGUGUUUUACGUAUUGUAGAUUCACUAACAGGGAUGUUAGCAUUUGCCAGUGACUUUUGUAAGUCUUUAGCUGACACUCUUGGAUUCUUCUUCACCUCAUUGAGCAGUCUGCGCUGUGCUCUUGCAGUCAUCUUUACAGGACGGCCACUCCUAGGGAGAGUAGCAGCAGUGCUGAACUUUCUCCAUUUAUAGACAAUUUGUCUUACCGUGGACUGAUGAACAGCAAGGCUUUUGGAGAUACUUUUAUAACCCUUUCCAGCUUUAUGCAAGUCAACAAUUCUUAAUCGUAGGUCUUCUGAGAGCUCUUUUGUGCGAGGCAUCAUUCACAUCAGGCAAUGCUUCUUGUGAAAAGCAAACCCAGAACUGGUGUGUGUUUUUUAUAGGGCAGGGCAGCUGUAACCAACACCUCCAAUCUCAUCUCAUUGAUGGGACUCCAGUUGGCUGACAUCUCACUCCAAUUAGCUCUUGGAGAUGUAAUUAGUCUAGGGGUUCACAUACUUUUUCCACCUGCACUGUAAAUGUUUACAUGGUGUGUUCAAUAAAAACUUGGCAACAUUUCAUUCUGUGUGUGUUAUUGGUUUAAGCAGACUGUGAUUGUCUAUUGUUGUGACUUAGAUGAUGAUCAGAUCACAUUUUAUGACCAAUUUGUGCAGAAAUCCAUAUCAUUCCAAAGGGUUCACAUACUUUUUCUUGCAACUGUAUUUGGAAACAAAUCUCCUAGAAUCGCCCAUAGUGCUUUCUGGAUCCCUUCUAAACUAGGUUGCUUACUGGACAUUAAAACAUACUAUAGAGCAACCGCGACUUCUCAAAUGCUGUCUGGUGUUGUGAGAAUCACAUGUCCAAUAUGGCUACAACUGAAGAAUAUAUUGUUGCCCCCGCACUUUCAGUCAGUUGCUAUGGUGUUCUCCACAUUUACAUCUCCCUUUCAUGUACAAUAUUGUAGCAUCAACUAUUAAACGUCUAACUUAAUAAAGACAGUCCAUAGACUCCAGAAAGAAUUUACCCUCCUCUACAAAGACGUAUUUACUUACCUCGGUAUUAAGCACACUUUCUUUUUUUCUUUUGUAAAUAUAAUUUUUUUUUUUUUUCAAGACUUUUUCAUUAUCAUUGAAAAUGUAUCAUUGUAGCUGGUCCCGAAGGACCCAAAACCAGCAAUUAUAACCGAUUGAUACAACAUUUACAGGUCCCUGUUAAGUUGUGAGUUGCAGUUGGUAAUCAUUUUAGUUCUUCCUAAGCAACUAUUUUGGAUGGAAACUUAACGAAAACCAGCUUUUUAGCAUAAGUUACAGAUUUGCGAAACAAAUUGCAAUAGUCCUGGUGGCUGUCAGGCAGCAGGUAAGUACUGGCCGACUUGAACACAACCUUUCCCAGCACCACUGACCUAGCGCUAUUUGGCUGUCACAUUUUAAACAUGUUCUGUUUCACUAGUCAUUUUUACAGUAAGCAUUAAGGUGUCUUUAAUUAGAUAUAUUUUUUUUUAUAAAUUUUUUGUGGAUCUUGGUCUCUGUUGUUUUGUCUGACUAGUAUACAAUGGUCAGGCAAACAAAAAGAAAAUCACCAGGCACUCAAGGUGUUUAAGCCGCAGGCAGGUUUAAUGGAACAGAAAAAAGAGCUGCAACGUUUAAACCUGCUAAGAGGUCUUUGAACAGCAAAAAGGGCAGCAAAAGCUGGGAUUGAGUGCGGCUUCUAUCUUAAUUUUAGUACACAACGGGGCACACAGGUCCCUAUCAUAUUUCGAAUUUGUGGUUUAACCGGAACUAAUUCCUGAACGUGUAUCUAAACAAUAAGGGACAUGCAAGUUCUCUCAUAGGAACAAUUAAAUAACAAUAAUGCCAGGUACCCUUAAUAUAAAAAGUAGUCUGGCGCCGAUGCAGGGGGCAUAAAGAAGGAGGAUGGGAAGGAAAUACAUUUGGGUGAUGUUUCCUCCAUCUCCUUCUGUUAUUGGAAAAGAGAGGUGACCCAUCCAGUCAUUACCAAACAACCAUAACAUCUAGCUCAUUACCUGUCAAAUUACAGAAAGGCUUACCCUUCCCCUCUUUACUCCUCCUCCUGCUUACACCACCAGAAUAAAUCAUUCUAACACUAUUGCUAGGGUUAGGAUUAAGGUUAUUAUUAGGGUUAGAUAUAGGAUUGGGAUGAGGUUUAUGAUUAGAGGGUUAGAUUUGGGAUUAGUAUGUGGUUUAGAAUUAGGGAUUUAGAUUGGUAUUGAGAUACUUUCCAAAGAUAUACAUAUUGUUGUAAUCACGAGAUAUUGCUGAGUACAACUAAGAUAAAUCUAUUACAGUGGCACACACGAGAUGUAAAAAAAAAAGAGCAUAAAAAAUACUAUGUGUAAAAAUGGAAAAAAUUAAAAUGAAUACCUCAAACUUUUAUGCUUUUAUGAUGUAAUUUAAAAAUAACCAUCUUCAUUUAGCCGUUUAUUUUUCAAAAACUGUGCUUGGCACAGCCCUGUAUUUUCACGAAAACCUGACAAAGGUGUGCAAAGGUUGUCAUUCUGCACUCAUGAAAUAUAACUGAGCAUAAUAUUGUGAUAUUACGGAAAAUGUAUUCAUACUUACCGUAAUUUUAUUUUCCUGGCUAUUAUUCGUGGCAGCAUUUAAUAUGCGUUUAGCUCCUCCUAACUCUCAGGACAGGGAACACAAUCAAUUAAACAAUUAAGCAUACCUUCCCCUGGUAUAAUAGGGACCCCUAUUAUGGUAGGAGUGGUAGAUGGAGAUGGAAAGUCGUAACGACCUUUGGGAGAAACUCUGGUCUUGGACGUAUAACAACCCUAUCAUCGAAGAAGGUAGUGUAAGGUUCUUCAGAUGAUAAUGCCCUGAUGUCAGAUAUCCUUCUAGCUGAGACUAAUGCCAGUAACAACAGGGUCUUCCGAGAAAGGAACUGCAUAUUAAUUUCACCAGUAGGUUCAAAGGGAGGAUCCGUUAAAGCCUGCAGGACCAGAGGUAAAUUCCAUGGAGCCAUGAAUUUUCUAAUAGGAGGUCUAAUUCUUAUCAUGGCUUUAAAAAAGUGAACCAUCGUAGGAUGCAUGGCCCAUCGAAUUCCAAAAAGAGCAGAAAUGGCAGAACAUUGUACCUCAAGGGUGUUGAGUUGAAGACCCCUCUCCAGGGAUGCUUCUAGGAAACCCAGAACUUGAGAUAUGGUAGGAGUAGACAAAUCAUGGACAGUGGAAUUUCCCCAUAAACCAAAAGCUUCCCAAAUUCUAUGAUAAGUUGUGGAAGUAGAACAUUUUCUGGAAUAUAAAAGGGUUGAGACCACCUGGUCUGAUUACGGAUUGUCUUUCAAUAGCCAUGCCUGAAGCCCGAAUUUGUGAGGUUCCAGAUUAAACGCAGGACCUUGAGUAAGUAGAUCUUCGGAAACUGGAAUCUCCCAUGGUUGAUCCAUUGCUAGUCUUUUCAGCAGGGAAAACCAAGUGUUGCCAAGCAUUGUCCAAAAUGUCUUGGUAUGCUGAGCAUUAAGAUUUCCCUUCCCUGGACUUUAGGGGCCUAACCCAACCCCUGAAAAACAGCCCUAUACCAUUAUCCCUCCUCCACCAAACUUUACAGUUGGCACAAUGCAGUCAGGCAGGUAAGAUUGUGCUUGUAUCUGCCAAUCCCAAACUUGCCCAUCAGACUGCCAAACCGAAGUGUGACUCGUUACUGCACAGAAUGUUUCCACUGCUCCAGGGUCCUGUGGUAUUGAGCUUUUACACCACUUGAUCCGAGGCUUGGCAUUAUACGUGGUGAUCUUAUACUUGCAUGCAGCUGCUUGGCCAUGGAAACCCAUUCCAUGUAGCUCCUGCUGCACAGUUUUUGUGCUGAUAUUAAUGACAGUAGAGGUUUGGAACUCUUCAGCUAUGGAAACAGCAGAGAGUUGUCGACUUUUAUGCACCAUGAGCUUCAGCACUCAGUGACCCCAGCACUGUGACUUAAAAUGGUCUUCUGCCACAAGGCUGAGUUGCUGUUGUUUCUAAGUGUUUCUACUUUCCAAUAAUACCACUUACAGUUGGCAUAUCUAGCAGGAAUGAAUUUUAAUGAACUGACUUCUUGCAAAGGUGGCAUCCUAUCACAAUACCACACUUGUAUUAAUUGAGCUUUUCAGAACAACCCAUUUUUUCACAAAUGUUUGUAAAUGCAGACUACAUGGCUAGGUGCUUGUCUUUAUACACCUGUGGUAAUGGGUCUGAUUGAAAAAUCUGAAAUCAGUUAUUAAGAGGUGUGUCCCAAUACACAAUACAUAUAGUUUAUGUAGCAUCCUCCUGUUUCUGGUAAGUGAGCUGCUGCCCUGGGGGUGUAUGAGUGGACAUCAAACCCUAGAACUUUCUAGAUCAAUCUCUGAUAUAGAAUAAUCAUAAGUUUGGUUUUUCUAAUAGAGUUAAAAUUGAUUUAGUGUAGGUGAUUUCUGAGACCAUAAUGCAAAUUAUUCUCAAGGUAUACCAGAUGGGUAAAUGUCAAUGUAAACCUCAUACAUUACUAAACUGUCACAAAUAAACCUAAAAAUAGUCAGAAACUCCUCUCAGCCACCCUCCUGUAGAGGUUGCACUGUAAGCAGUUUUAUAUUGUGCCUUUUGGGAAAUUCUGCCCUGCCCACCAUUUCACAAUACGUACUGCACUUGCAUCUUUGUGUUGUAAUUCCAGUAGCUAUCCUUUGACAAGAAGUAUCUCCGGCAGCUAAAAAACCCUUUACACACAAUGUCACUGUUGUGUGCGUUGAUGCCACACAGUUUAAUCUGAACUGAAUUUUUUUUCUCCCUAUAUUCCAUUGAGAUCUGGAAGCUCCGGAAUGGAGUCAUGUGUCGGCUACUUGACCUCAGUCAAUGAGCUAAUCCCUGCACUGCCAAACCUUUAACAAUUUGACUACUUGCAUUUGGGGUGCCAGGGCACACUACAGCAUGGCUCAUAACAUACUCCCUUUAUAAAGUUCUCUCUGUGAUUUGUAAAGAGGCAAAAAAAAGAAAAACCCCUUUUUAAUUAGUUGGUUUUCUGUAUGAAUUGGCCAUAAAAUGUCAGCUUAUCUUUGUCAAAGUCACAAGUAUAGACAAACACUUAUAAUUUUUCAUGUCUUUAUUCCAUUAAACAUUCACAGUGCUGUGGAAAGAGUGAACACUUGGAUUUAGUAGCUAGUUGAUCUUCCAUUUGCAUCAAUAACAUCAACCAAGUGUUUCCGGUAGCUGCAGAUUAGACCUGCACAAUGUUGAGGAAAAAAUAUACAGAACUACUUCAGUUCAGCCAUGUUCCUGCGAUGUCUGGCGUGAACAACUCUCUUGAGGUCAUUCCACAGUAUAUUUAUAGGGUUUGGUCUCUGAAGCUAUUCUGUAGUGUAUCAACUUGAUGUUUAGGAUGAUUGUUCUGCUGCAUCACCCAACUUCUAUCGAGCUUCAGCUGUAGGAUAUCUUGAGAAAUGUGGGAAAUAAUUUUUCCUUUGAUGAUUGUAAGUGGUCCAGACCCUAAAGCAGCCCCAAGUAAUGUUGCUCCCUCCACUGUACUUAACUGUUGGAGUGAUGUUUUUAUGUUGGUAUGUGAUGCCCUUUUUAUGCCAUGAAUAGUGUGCUGCAUGUUCUUCCCAAACAACUCAAGCUUACUUUCAUCAAUCCACAAAUCAUUUUUCCAGUAGCUGUAACGGACCACCUGGCACCCCGACUGAGCACCUCCGCCAACAGAUGCUUCCUAGCUGACUCUGAGGACCGUAAGCACCGCACCGGACACCACAAACACUGCAGACUCCACAACCACCGUAGCUUAGCUGAGAUCUCGCCGUCUUCCUCCCACCCUGGACCAACAUCUGAUAUUCAGGACUGUGUGGGAAAGACCUCUCCUCCAGGAGAGUAUAGCUGUAUAGCUCUUAUAAGAGCUAGUGAUAUAGAAGUAUAUCAGUUCCCCUCCAAUCACGAGACCAAGCUAUGUUUUGAGGGUUAAACAGGACUCAAUUUUAAUGGUGCCACUGCUGGCCUUAUAUGCAGGUCCCCAUGGAAGGGAAAACCCACCUGGACCUGAUGGGGCACACGGUUACAAAGUUGACAAACCAAUAAAAACACAAUGCCUGACACUCCCAUACACUGCACACAAUCGCUCCCCUCUGCAUGGGAGAUAAUUGAGUAAAGUACUGUAUGUAACUCCGUUAUCUCCAGGCAGAAAAAACAUUUUAUGAAGUCCCAUAAGGACCCCAAAAUACAACAUAUCCCCAUAAAUGUUACAUCCCCUGAUAGCCCUGAUCUGGGUGAACAACGUAUCCAAAAUCACCCAGAUCAGAGCAGGGGUUCAGGAAAUUCUUGGAAGUCUCUUUUUGACCGAUCUAUUUCAAAUAGUCGAAAUACCGUUCGAAUUCCUGAACGUAGCCGUUCAUGAAUGUAGUCAGUAUAUAUCCCUUGUUCAUGGGCUUCUGCCCACCGAACGCCGUCUGAUUCCCAUUCGAAUAGCUGAAGUUUCAUGGAAGGUAUCUGUUCAGCGGUGUUCGUGCCAUCGCGUGUCCAAUUUGAGUUCUAUGAACUCAACGACAAAACACAGCUGAACACACUUGACUAAACAAGAUGGCCGCGUUCGACUAAACAAGAUGGCCGCCGCCACGUGUUCGACUAUACGAAUGCGAUCUCCCAGCCAUUCGUCAAUUGUGCUGCGGUUAACUACCAGCCUGGGAGGUAAAUAGGCUGCACACUCCACUUGUGUGUGGUCCUGCUGUUCUGUGGUUCAAAGUGGUUCGAACCACUUGGAAAGUUCGAAGAAUUAUUGUCCAAAGUCCUAAUAGGUACAAAUAGGGUUUUUUAACCAUAAUAAAUUAAAGGGGCCAUAGUCACAGGGUAAAAGGCUGGCAAGUAGUCCCCUCAAACAAAGCUCUAACCCACCUUUCCAAUCUUGUUUUAUUAAUUGGAUACAAGGUAUUAAUUGGCGUUUGAUGAAGUCAUAAGCCUAGGGUUUCAUAUACUUUUUCCCCAACCUAGACAGCGGCGUACACAUAUCCCAUGGUGCCCCGGUGCGACAGUGUCCCAUGCCCCCCUCCUCCCUCUUCUCCCCCUCCAUCUCUCCCCCCAACAGACACACACACAUAAAGAGACACACACACAGACAGACCGAUACAUACAGACACAUACAUACACAAACGACACAUACAGACAGACACACACAUACAAAGACAUAUACAUACAUAAAAACAGACAGACACACACACACGACACAUACAUACAAAGAUGCAUACAAACAGACCAACACACAUACAGACAGACAGGCACACAUACAGACAGUUACAGACAGACAGGCACACAUACAGACACAGACACACACACACACACGACAAACAUACAUACAAAGACACAUACAGACAGGCACACAUACAUACAGACAAGACAAGACACACAUACAUACAUAAUUUGUUCAUACAGCGCAGCCCUUGCUCUCGCCAAACAGUCCUACUUUUCCUCUCUCAUUAGUUCAUGCUCCCGCAAUCCCAGGCUUCUCUUUGACACCUUUAAUUCUCUUCUUUGCCCUGCUGUGGCCACCCCCUAAACUAACCUUACUGCCGAUAUCUUUGCAUGUUACUUUACCGACAAGAAUUCUCCCCUCCUUGCCAUUUCUCAACCACACGUAGAUCAUGCCUUUCCUACCCUUCAGACGUUCUCCCCGGCUACUGACCAAGAGGUGGCUGCUCUUCUCUUUGUCAUUCGCCCCACCACUUGUCCACUCGAUCCUGUCCCAUCUCACCUUAUCAGAUCACUCGCCACUUGUCUCGUGCCUUCCUUAACUCACAUCUUCAACUGCUCUCUCUCUUCUGGCGUUGUCCCUGCUGAUCUUAAACAUGCCAUUGUAGUACCUAUCCUGAAAAAAAAACAUAUCUUGACCCAUCCUCCCUCUCUAACUAUCGUCCUAUAUCCCUGCUCCUUUUUUCCUCAAAGCUUCUGUAAAGACUUGUCUUUACCCGUGUGUCUCAUUUCCUCAAUUCCAACUCUCUGCUUGACCCUCUUCAAUCUGGAUUCCGCCCUCUCCACUCUACUGAGACUGCGCUUAUCAAAGUUACUAACAACCUAAUCGUAACUAAAUCCAAAGGCCACUACCCCAUACUAAUUCUUCUUGACCUCUCUGCUGCCUUUGACACCGUUGAUCAUGCUCUCCUUCUUCAACCUCUUCAAUCACUCUCUAUCUCUGUGACUCUGUCCUCUCGUGGUUUUCCUCUUAUCUCUCCCAACGCUCAUUCAGUGUCUCCUUUUCUAAUGACGCCUCCUCCCCUCGUCCUGUCUCGGUUGGAGUCCCCCAAGGCUCUGUACUUGGUCCCCUUCUAUUUUCUCUUUAUACUGCCUUAUUACUUAUUACCUCUUUUGGAUUCCACUACCACCUGUACGCUUAUGACACCCAGAUAUAUCUCUCCUCCCCUCCUGCAAUGUGUCACUGCUUGCCUUUCUUCCAUCUCUGACUGGAUGUCAUCCCGCUUUCUGUAAUUUAAUCUGUCUAAAACUGAGCUCCUUGUCUUUCCUCCUCCUAAUGCUGAGCCUCCUCUUUCGCUCUCCCUUUAAGUUAGUGGUAUCCACAUAAGUCCAUCCAGCAAGCGCACUAUCUUGGCAUCAUACUUGAUUCUGGCCUCACCUUUGAGCCUCACAUCCAGUAUGUUGCCAAAUCCUGUAGAUUCCAUCUUAAAAACAUAGCCUUUCUUAUGCAAGAUGCUACCAAGGAGCUUGUCCAUGCUCUAGUGAUUUCCCGCAUGGAUUAUUGUAACCCUCUCCUGAUUGGUCUUCCCAAAAGCCAUACUGCACCGCUACAGUCCAUAAUGAAUGCUGCUGCCAGACUGAUUUUCCUCUCUAGUUGGUUCUCUCACACCUCACCCCUCUGUCAGCCCUUACAUUGGCUUCCUGUAUGCAAUAGGAUUUAAUUCAAGGUACUAAUUCACACCUAUAAAGCACGGAACAAUUCUAGUCUCUCUUAUAUCUCCUCACAGAUCCAUAGGUAUGUCCCUUCUCGGUCUCUCCGCUCUGCCCGUGACCACCUCCUUUCCGUUGUUCGCACCUGUACAGCCAACUCAUGCUCGCAGGACUGCUCACGGGCGUCUCCCUUCCUAUGGAAUAGCCUGCCAUCCACCAUCAGACUCUCCCCUAGUCUUGCAUCUUUUAAGAAGUGCCUUAAAACCCAUCUCUUUAGGAAAGCUUAUGGCCUCCCAGAGUAACCUCUACCUCACAUACCUGUCCCUUGCUCUCUCUUAAAGGGCGGAACUCUACUCUCUCCUCCAGCUCUGCCUCACUCCCACCUUAUUUGAUUGCAAAUUCCUAUCCUAUUGUGUUUUACAUCCCACCUCCUAAAGAAUGUAAGCUCGUUUGAGCAGGGUCCUCUUCAACCUAUCGUUCCUGUAAGUUUUCUUGUAAUUGUCCUAUUUAUAGUUAAAUCCCCCCUCUCAUAAUAUUGUAAAGCGCUACGGAAUCUGUUGGUGCUAUAUAAAUGGCAAUAAUAAUAAUACAUACAGACAGACAGGCAUACAGACACAUACACACACACACAUUCAUACAAAGACACAUACAUAAAAACAGACAGACACACACACACACAUACAGACACACAUUCCUACAAAGACACAUACAAACAGACAGAUACAGACAGACACACUAGAUAUACAUACACAGACACAUACAUACACAAAUACAUACACACACACUUAAUAUUUAAGUCACCCUCCUCUUUCCUUCCCUCUAGGUGCAGGAGGGUGACUUUCCCUGGGGUCCAGUGGUGGCUCAGGCUGGUGGGAGUCAGAGUUCCCACUCUGACUCCCUGUUCUUCCUCCUGUGCGGGCUCUGUGUGUAAGCUGGGAGGAGUGACGUGGAGUCACUUCCUCCCAGCAGUAAUGAUAUCAUCACAGGGGGCCCGGUCGCGCUGUUAAAGCGCCCAGCGCUGAUUGGGCCCCCUGACAAUCCAUCUCCACCGGAUGGCCCUGACAGCAUGGGUCACCCGAUGGACCCCUUGGCUUGCCGCACAGGCCAGGGCUGCAAAUGAUGACGGCGGGCACCCGGUCGCUGGGGUCUGCAGGGCGGUUGGGCCCCCUAGAGUGACGGGCACGGUCGCAGCUGCGACCUCGGUAUGUACGCCAGUGGUAGUCGAACCUUUCAAUGAUCUGUGUGUUAGUUAAAACAGAUUGUGUUGAUUACUGUAACGUAGAUGAACAUCAAACCAGAUUUUAAUUCAAAUUUAUACAUCAAUGUCUCUAUAUCUAAAGGGUUCACAUACCUGCCAUUGUAGGUCAUCCACGUUUCCUUAUGAGAAAGCGAUGCUGUAAGAAUAUACAGUAACCAGAAACAAGGUAGUAUUUUAGGGUAUGAGACAUAAGACCGGAAACCAGGUUAAAAUGCAAAAUGCUGCAAAACCAUACAAAAAUAAAAAUUUAGGUCAAAGCUAUAAAAUGCACAAAAGUUCUCUUCAUGCCUGGAGUGUCCCUCUAAGAAUGGCAGAGCAUCAUGGGAGUUGUAAUUCUAAAAUAAAUCUUGGUGUGGCAUCUCGUUUGAUAACCCCUGUUCUUAAAUGCCCUGCAUAUUUUUUAUGACAGGUACACUUUACAUUGCAAAUACUUUAAACAAUUAAUAUUUUAUUAUUUAUAUAGCGCCAUCAGAUUCCGUAGCGCUGUACAAUGUUAUAAAAUAACUUUAUUUUUUUGUGUGUUUAUUUAUAUUUUACGAGCACAAGGCAUUGAUUUAGAACACUGCUUUGAAUGUGUAAACCGUGCAAUGGCCAAACAACCUGGUGUGCCCUAUUCUCCCAACUAAAGAAAUCUAGGUGUUAUGUGUAAGAGCCUUGGUGCUUGGAAAAGAGAUAUACUUGUUGAUUUUUACAUACUGAAACCUUUAAUGGGUAUAUGUUUAGUGAAACAAUGCAACAGGUUUAUUGUUAAAUGUAUUCCUAGAUCUACAUACCUUCUUUGUUCCAGUUGGCAAAACUAAAGCACAAAAGUGUGGUAGCCCAUUAGCGAUCAUGCCAUACUUUUUAAAAUGUAUUUAUUUAUUUUUUUAUGAAUGGUGAGCUAUGGAUUGGCUUCGCUCAUCACCUGAAUGCUCAAGUCAAUUGCAGAAGCCAAAUGCCGCUGGGAGAAAGGGAUAUCUGGCGCUACAGGUAACCAUUGGGGUUAAACUGUUUGAAAACUGUUUAACCCUUCCAGGUAGGAAACUGCCAGGGACCUCCUGGCACUAUAUUGCAAACGUAAUUUUCAUAAAGUUGUUAUGGUGCCUGGAGUGUUUCUUUUUAAAAUGUUUUUUAUACAUUGUGCACUUCAUACUCUGAAAUAUAACCCAUGGAUGGCAGGAUACAUACUCAAGUUAAGACUGUCCUCCGACAUUGGACACUCAAGAUAUUGUCUCAUUCAGUUAUGUUCUGCCUUGUCUGAUGGCACAAUUUUACGUAAUGUGAACAUUAAACAGUCAAUGCACUACUCUGCAUAUGAAGAUUCAUAUAUAUAUAUACAGUGAGGUAAAAAAGUAUUUGAUCCCCUGCUGAUUUUGAAUCACAGAGGUCAGACCUUGUCCCACUCUUCUUUGCAAAACCUCUUCGUGACAUUAAGGUUUCGAGGCUGAUGUUUGGCAACUCAAACAUUAAGCUCCCUCGAGAUAUUUGCUAUGUGAUUAAGGUCUAGAGAUUGGCUAGGCCACUCCCGGACCUUAAUAUGCUUCUUCUUGAGCUGCUCCUUUGUUGCCUUGGCUGUGUGUUUUAGGUCAUUGUCAUGCUGGAAUACCCAUCCACGACACAUUUUCCAUGCCCUUGCUGAGGGAAGAUUUGACUGUACAUGGCCCUGUCCAUCAUCUCUUUGAGGCGGUGCAGUUGUCCUGCCCCCUUAGCAGAAAACCCCCCCCAAAGCAUAAUGUUUCCACCUCUAUGUUUGACAGUUGGGAUGGUGUUCUUGGGGUCAUAGGCAGCAUUCCUCCUCCUUCAAACACGGCGAGUUGAGUUGAUGCCAAAGAGCUUGAUUUUGGUCUCAUCUGACCAAAACACUUUCACCCAGUUCUCCUCUGAAUCAUUCAGAUGUUCAUUGGCAAACUUCAGACGGCCUGUACAUGUGCUUUCUUGAGCAGUGGGACCUUGCGGGCGCUGCAGGAUUUCAGUCCUUCAUGGCGUAGUGUGUUACCAAUUGUUUUCUUGGUGACUAUGGUCCCAGCUGCCUUGAAAUCAUUAACAAGAUCCUCCCGUGUAGGUCUGGGCUGAUUCCUCACCAUUCUCAUGACCAUUGAAACUCCACGAGGUGAGAUCUUGCAUGGAGCAGCAGACCGAGGGAGACUGACAAUUAUUUGGGGUUUUUUCCAUUUGCGAAUAAUCGCACUGACUGUUGUCACCUUCUCACCAAGAUGCUUGGCGACGGUCUUGUAGCCCAUUCCAACCUUGUGUAGGUCUACAAUCUUGGCCCUGACAUCCUUGGACAGCUCUUUGGUUUUUGCCAUGGUGGAGAGAUUGGAAUCUGAUUGCUUCUGUGGAUAGGUGUCUUUUAUACAGUACAUGAGCUGAGAUUAAGAGCACUCCCAAUCUCAGCUUGUUACCUUUAUAAAAGACACCUGGGAGACAGAAAUCUUGCUAAUUGAUAGGGGAUCAAAUACUUAUUUCAAUCAGUGACAUGCUAGUCAAUUUAUAACUUUUUUAAAAUGCGUUUUUCUGGAUUUUUGUUGUUAUUCUGUCUCUCACUAUUAAAAUACACCCACCAUUAAAAUUAUAGACUGAUCAUUUUUCUUUGUCAGUGGACAAACAUUCAAAAUCAGAAGGGGAUCAAAUACUUUGUUCCCUCACUGUAUACUGUCAUAUAUAGGAUUUUGUAUUUUUCAUUGACUUUUUUAUUAUGCUUUUUGAUUGUGUUUAUAAGAAGAAAAAUGUCAGUCAGUUCUACACCCCAAAAAAAAGAGGAGGAGAAAGAAAAGUCACUCUGUGGAAUAUUAUUCAAUAAAUAUUAUUAUACUAUAAGAAAUAAUAUUCAAUAAAAUUUUUGCUUACAUGGUGAUGUAAAAUAAAGCAAUAAUAUAUACGUGUUGCAUUUUUGUGUGUAUUGUCAUUUGUCUUAUAAAAAAUACAUAGCAUACAGUACAUUGAUGUAAUUCAGCAGUCAUCCUUGUUAAAUCCAAUGCACAAACCAAGAAUUACAAAGAUAAUUCAGUCAUGCUAGUUUUUGGCCUGUCACUGUUAUGUGGUAUGCAAUCAAGCACAGAAAAGUAAAGACCAACUCUCCUGUAAGGGUUUGAGUUCCCAGUUAAGAUAAUUAAACUGUACUUUACUGGGCUUGAUUGUGAGAUUUUUAACAAGUCCUCAUCAAAAUGUGAUGUAUGGGUUUUAAUAAUAAUCAUUAAAAUAAAUUGCACUAUGCUAUGCAAAAUCUCUCUCUCUUUUUUGUAAUAGGUACAUUAUGGUUAUCAAGAACUCUUAAAGGACCACUAUAGGCACCCAGACCACUUCAGCUCAAUUAAGUGGUCUGGAUGCCAGGUCCCUCUAGUUUUAACCCUGCAGCUGAAAAAAAUAGCAGUUUCAGAGAAACUGCUAUGUUUUCAUUGAGGGUUAAUCCAGCCUCUAGUGGCUGUCUCCCUGACAGUCACUAGAGGUCACUUCCGUGAUUCUCAGUUUGAAAAUCACACUGAGAUGAUGCUGACCUCCAUAGGAAAGCAUUGAAUAAUGCUUUCCCAUGGGCAGUUUUAAUGUGCGUGCGGCUCUGGCCACGAAUGCGCAUUCGGAGCUAACGACGGGGAGGGAGCCCGGCGCUGGAUUUUAGGUAAGUGGCUGAAGAGGUUUUAACCCCUUCAGCCCAGCGGGAGGAGGGCCCUAAUAACAAGUUUGUUUUCCUGGCACUUUAGUGUUCCUUUAACCCCUUAAGGACACAUGACGUGUGACAUGUCAUGAUUCCCUUGUAUUCCAUAAGUUUGGUCCUUAAUCCUUAAGCGGUUAAUGGAAGGCUGCUUCAGCUUUUUCAUAAGCACAAGUAAAAGCAGAUAUUGUAACUGCUUUAUGAACUGAGUAUUUAUAGCCAAGAUAAUGGACUUUAUGUCUGUCAUUUUUGGUUUGUUGUAGAUGCAUGCAUAUUAUUCAUUUGAUAUUGAAUCCAUUUUAUUAUAUAUUGUUGAGGGCUUUCUUUGAUUUUAUUUGAUAUUUUGCUGACAUAUAUUUAUACAAGAUUUCUGAUUUUAAUGUGUCGUAGGUUUAGGAGCAACUGAGAAAGUUUCAGUUUGUUUUAUAACAUUUAAAGUGGCACUGUUACCGUCUGGGGACUUUACAUAAUUUGCAAAGACCGCCAAAGGUGAAAUCGCUGCUGGGGAUUCAGUGCCUAGGGUGAGCAGGCAAAGGGGAGUUUACCUUAAUUGAACCUGUCCAUUCUCUCCUGGAUGGUUCUCUUCUGCUGUUGUCAUUUAAGCUGCCUGGAGCCGAUGCCCCUGCUAUACUCUUGUGCAUGCUCGAGAGUACAACUUUGAGAUCUGUGGAAGAUACUGCAAGAUCUUGCAUUGAUGGAGCCAAUUCCCUGUAGCCGUCACAGGUGAUGGUUGAGGAUUGAAACUUCUUGACGGCGAAGUGUCAGGCGUAGGAAAAAUACUUAGACAAAGUGGUUCCUACUUUGUCGCAGUAUAUCUUUAGACUUCAUUGGAAUUUCAGUGAAAUACCAAAACAGUCAGUAUGAGUAUUUUAUCUUAAUGAAAAAGUCAUUGUGAUGGGUAACAGUGCGAUUUUAAUUGUCUAAAAUGAAAGGGUUACUGUGCAUCAUAACUGUUAAAACCCCAAGUAGUGUUUAUGAUGCCAGGAAUACGCUGGCACGUUUUCCUGGUAAGGGAAAUACUGUGUCAGUUGAGUGCUCUCAACCAAUGAAUAAACCUCCUGUGUACUAAAUAUAUACAUAAUUGACAUUGGCCAGCCUGGAACUUUUGUUCCUGGCUUACAAAUGAAAGCUUUCCCCCUCCAGCAGCAACAUAAAAUAUCUAAGUUUGUUCAGUGUUUUACACUGAAAUGCUGCACACACAGAGUCCUUCCACCAUGACCAUUUGAAAACACUGAAAUGGUCCUGCUGCUUGAAUUAAGCCUUUAAAUAAGAGACUGUUUGUAGGAUUUUGUAUUUUUCAUUGACUUUUUUUUUUAUUAUGCUUUUUGAUUUUGUUAUAAGAAUAAAUUUCAGUCGGUUCUACACCCCCUCCUCCCCCCCAAAAAAAGGGGGGGGGGGGGAGGGUGACACUCCGUGGAAUAUUAUUCAAUAAAUAUUAAUAUACUAUUAAUAAUAUUCUAUACUAUAAAUAAUAUUCAAUAAAAAGAAAUGGCACACAAAAAUAGGAGAGCACAAAUCUAAAUGUCCCAAAAAAAAUAGCUGCCAAAAGCAUUUCAUGCCUAGUGUGACAUUUACUCAUGCUUUCUUGAUUUUUUUUUUCUUUUGUUUAAACAUGUUUUUUGUGUACUUUGUUUUCUUCUUUGCUGCUAUGGAAGUAAGUGAAGAAAGAUUGAGCAUGUUAUGACCUCUUGUUGGGAGAGGGGGAGAGAAUUAAAUUGACUGGUUAGUGUCUGAGAACUGAAAGGAUUUAUACAGUAAUGUUGAAUUGAAAACCAAAUGACAAAAUUCAAAGAUGCAUAGAUUUAACCCCUUAAGGACCAAAUUUCUGGAAUAAAAGGGAAUCGUGACAUGUCACACGUCAUGUGUCCUUAAGGGGUUAAACAAAUAACUAGCUAUAACACGAAUCUUUUAGUCUGACGUUUGCAAUUCAAUAUUCAGUUCACUACAUUGUGAGAACCAGUAAUUUUUUUUUCCAUUUGUUUAUUCACUUAUACACAGUGUUAUUCACUAAACGCUAAAUUCUGAGGAAUUAGCAUUUUUGACCAAAAUAGUGGAAGUGGGAAUAUUUCUUGAAUCACCUUUAUAUAAUCAAGUUUAUUUUCUUUUUCUUAUUCUGUUAUGUUCCUGCUUACCAAUGACCGUUAUACCACCUGGCUUUUAUUUGUUUCUAUUGUAUUAGAAUUGUGUAUUGACUUUUGUAAAACUUCAAUAUAGAGUUAAUUACAAAAUAAAUAAAACCUUGCAAUGUUAUUCUCUAAGGUCCAGAUUUUAUCAGAAUUGUCCAAAUUCUGACUGGAAUGGCAGUUCUUAUAUUUACUAAACCAAUGCUGGUUCUAAUUUGGUCUAAUCUGUACCAUUCGGUUGGAGGCGAUCCGUGUCUGGUUUAAAAUCAGUGCUUUUCGCAUUACGAACCGCGUACAAAGAAUAGGAUUGGGGAGUCUGGCUGACUUCCCAACCAAAUUUAGGCUCAUUCGGAGUCUGCUCUGCAAAUUCCAGACGUUUUUAAAUAGUUCAAAAAAUGUCUGGUAUUUGCAGUCCAAAUGACCCGUACUCCGUAGGAUGAUUUUGUCCCAUUUAGUAAAAGGCCAUUAAGAUUUCAGCGAUUAACCUUGUUAUUGUUACAAAUUGGCUGGUAACCCCAGGUCCAUUCUCACACACCCCAAUAAUUGAAUCCUACAAAGAUCAUCAAAAUGCUUAUCUGAAAGAUCUACCUCUGGGGGCAGGGGGAAAUAAUUAUCUCUAUCUUUCUCUAUAUCUUUGGGUGUGAACAUUAUUUACACCUCAGUUCCUAGAAAUGCACAUUUUAACGAUAACAUGAGAUCUUGCUGUAAAUACAAUGUGCUAUGAAACAUAAGUUUGUUUCUCAUAUCAUUUUUCCUUGUCAAUCCAGUGCAUAUGGGAAAAAAUAUUCAAGAUUAUUCCUUGAUUCCACUUCAGGAAUCAAGUAACCCUGAACUGCGCACUGAGCUGACACAGCACAUUCCUGGAGUUCAGUCUCCCUCCCUCUGCAUCUUCAAGCACUCUGCAUCAUGUGACCUCUCCAGGCACGUGACUGCAGCUCUAUCACAGGGACUUCGGCUGGCUGGAAGGUAGCUUUCAGAUCAGCUGACACAUGCAGGAAACCACUAAAUAGACAGGGGAGGGUUCUACUUAAAGGGCCAGCGACACAGCGUGUCUUUCAUAGUGCUCCCCACACAGAGUAAGACAAAUACUAUAUGAGUUAGUUAUUUUGCAUAAAUCACACCUGAAUGAAACGGCAAAUAAUAAAAUACGCUAGAAUACUCUUUUACCGAUUCAGACACCAAGUGUAAAUCAUUCCCAGCUAAGUCUGAUGGUAGAUUUCAUUAAUAUAACACCCCUUAUAGUACAGGGAUAUUACCCAUGAGAAUACCUCACAUGGAUGGUUUCAUUUAAUAGAUAACAUAGUCUUUUACUGACAACAUACCAGCAGGUCUAUAUGGUCUAUUGCUUGGAAAUAAUAACGUCUAUUGGCUGAAAAUGGGUUUGGCAUGACAGCAAAGAGUUAAUAACAGGCCACGCCCCCGCCAGCCCUUUAAUUUCUGGGCUCAGGUGAUCUCUGGCUGUCACGUGAUGUGCCGGAUGGAUCAUGUGACUGGUGUCAUGGCUGCCUGGCUGCUGUUGGUCUUGUGCUUGGGUCCCCUUGGUGGGGAGGCAAAGGAGAGGUCUCAGGUGUCGGUGAUAUUGGAUUCUGCCACCGGGAAUCUCCUCACCGUGCCGGAGAAGGUUGAUAACGCUGUGGCCUGGGCAGAGCUCAGGGAUGGGAUACAGGACAAUGGGUGAGCUGGGGUAGGAGGUACAUGGGCACAGUCUGAGAGGAGGAAAGGACUGAACCAAGCAGUGGGUAAAAAGAGGAACUGGAGGGGCUGGUGGAGUUUAGUAAGUAUUGGUACCCAGGAUGGCAUUACUAGCAUUGGAUAAUUAAAGCCAUUCCUGUGACAGGAGUUGUACCCAGGAAAUAGCUAAAGUUCUUCUUUGUCCACCCCAACGUAUAGCAGAUAUACUUUGAUAUAGGGGUGGAACUGAAUGUGUGGCCAAGGGUUGAGGCUGUUACAGAACGGGCUGGGCUUAAUACAAAACGUUUUGUUUUACAGAAACACAUUUCUAAAGCCUUCUAAAAGCAGCUCUUGGUGACUGUAGUACUCCUUUGUGGGACUUCCUUAGUAACUGUCCUCCCACAAGUAAAGUUUUAGUAGUACAAGAGCAAAAGACUCAAUUCCCCCCCCCCCCCUUUUUUUUUUUUUAACGGAAUUGACACAUUUUGUAUGGAUAUAGAAGAGAAAUGUAGAAAAUUAAGUUGAAAGGAAAAGAGUGCUGAUCUGAAUGAAGGUCCUGUAUGUAUUAGAGUACCUGAGGGCCAUUAAUUGCAUUGUCACUUAUGUAUGUUUGUGUUUUAUUUUUUUUUUUCCUUCCAGAUGGGCCAUUCUUGAACUCCGUACAAAUGCAUAUUAUAAUGACAGUAUCCAGGCUUAUGCUGCAGGGGUGGCUGAAGCUUCUGUCACGCAGCGGGUAACUAUCUGGUUUUCAAGAGCAUGGCAAUUUGAGCAUCUUUAUAAUGCUGCACAUCUCACAUUGGUUACCUUGUUUCUCUGCAGCCUACAAUCUCUUCUAUAACAUGUUCCAAACACAUUAAAACAAUGCUGUAUGAAGGAAAAUGUCUUUCUAAUAAGACCUGUGUUCUUUUAAGGGAAAAACAGUCCAAAAUAUAAACCUGCAGAUAUGAAAAUUAACCCUACACCAUGUACCUCUGCUGACACUUGGUAAUGGCAUUUGAACUGCUUUCUAGAUACUUCUAUGAAACCUUAAGAUUAUAACCACCGUUUUAAUAUAUUAAAAACAACUUAAAUACAAUGUUAGUGAUUUCUGACAGUAACGUAAAUCAGUUAUUGAGGAAUUCUGGUUGUGCAAAUGUAAACCUCAAAAUUCACUCAAACUGUCACAAAUAAACCUAAAAAUAGUGAGCAACUCCUCUCAGCCACCCUCCUGCAUAGGUUGCACUAUAAGCAGUUUCCUACUGUGCCUUCUGGGAAAUUCUGCCCUGGGAAAUACUGCACUUGCAUCUUUGUGCUGUCCUUUGAGAAGAAUAUCUCUGGCAGACAAAAACCUCUCUAUUUUUCUUGUUUUUUAUGAAAGGAUAUGUUGUGAAUACAAGAAACAAACUUCUGUGUGUAUGUGUCAUUGCAACCAUUUUGCAUUGUUUCUCUUAAGUGCUGGUUUUGUACUAGCUGUGUGUGCUGAUAUGCAUUCAAGAUUUGUAUGUGUCUGCAGCUUAUAUACAUGCAUUGGAUGAACACGUUGAUGGGCUAUUGUGGUCCUUACAAAUAUGAGACCCCUUUCUGUGAGCGGCUGCGCAAUUAUUUGGAGGCCAAUUUUGCUUGGAUGCAGCAAGAGAUGGACAAAGGAGAGGAUCCUGUUUAUUGGCACCAGGUAACAUGUGAAUUACAGAAACUUGCCUCUAAAUUGGAGGGGGAAGGGGGGGAGGAAAAGCAUUUAGAAAAUUCCCACCUCAAGAAUAUGUUGCUCGUAACUAGUGCAAACAAACACUUCUAAAAAUAUGUACAAGUCAAAAUAAAGCAAGAAAGUUUGAACAGUAUGUAAAAUAAAUAAACUUAGAUUGCAUUGUUCGUCUAAGAGUUUCUUCAGCCCCAUUCCAUCUUAACCUACUCAUCUCAGUUCCAGACUAGUCCCAUCAAUGACAGAAACAGGCUAUCAAUGUGCACCAGCAGGAUAGAUAAAUCCAGUACUAGAGCCUGCUCUGCAUGAAUCACACUGAUCAGACUCCCCCCACCCCGUCAGGCUAUUGCAAGGGAAGACCCUUUCCAACUGCACAUGUGUAAAUAUGUCAGGCAUGCCCAAUACACCUUUCAAGCAUUCACAAGAAUAAUAAACUGGUUGGAUCACUGUUUUCCCUGGAGUGGCUAUGGAAAGUCUAAGAAAGAAGAAGCAGGUAAAUAUGCAAAAAUCAUAUCUAUCUACUGUUUUGUUUUUUCCAGCCUGAGUGAGGCAACUGACUUAUUCAAAGCUAAAGCUUUUGAAUGAGACCGUUGUCCCAAAGUGAUACAUUUACCUUAAAAAACCAAAAAAAAAAACCAAAAAAACUUGUAAUGAAGGAGUUAAACUUAGGUGUAGUUAGCAGAUACCAAUGUGCCUCUCAGUGCUAUUACACUGGGAGAACUAUGGAAGAUGUAGUCAUACAGCAUGUGAGGGGCCUAUUUUUACCUCUGCCCCAAAGGUUGACUCUGCACCAUGAGAUUUGCAGUCUGAUAAGUCAGCGAUUUGUAUGUUGGAUAUACCUGGAUUGACACUUGUAAUGCUUAAAUUUCAAUGUGAUUGCUGAAACAACAUAAAUGUGUUUGUGUCCCUUGCUUGUGUGAAGAAGUCUCAUGAACCUUAAUAUUCUGUGCAGAUUCACCUUGCUCUGCUUCAGCUCAAAGGCCUUGAGGACAGCUACAAUGAUCGUAUAUCCUUUCCACAGGGAAAUUUCACGCUGAACCCUCUUGGAUUUCUGUAGGUUGAUGGCAUUUAUCAUAUAUUUAUCUGUGUUUCAAUUCUGGAACUUUUUAUAUGUCAAUGAAUUCCCCUUGAACAAUUGUUAGGUCACUGUAUUUUCAUAAUUUUUUCUUUUUCUAAACAUUAUGGAUAUAGUCAAGAGAGUUGGCUUAGAACAUAAGCAUAAAUCAUGUUUAAGCAAUAUACAAGCUGAAUAAAAGUGCGGCAUGUACAUGAUAGACAGUACAUUCGCAUGAACCUCGGCUCAGCCGAUACCCUCCAGGGGAUUGGCAUAGUCCUGCUGCAAUCUGGCUGUCUGUAAGUGUCGCGGCCAUCUAGUAGGUGCGAUAGGCUAAGCCAGGAAGAGGAAGUGAUGUCUCAUGCUGGGAACCAGCUCCCCGUACAGACAUAAGGGUAGGUUUUCGAGGACUGAUAACUGUUGCCUGUUUGUGCUAUGUGCGCCAGCAUGAUGUCUCUGAUUCGGGCCUGCCACAGGACUGGAGACAAGGCCCUGAGUUAAAUCAUAAUUGGUAAGCGCCGGACUGGGAAUCUAUUUUGUUUCUGCUUAGCAGGCUACUGCAAGCAUCAGGCCAGCUUGUGCCAGAAAUCUGAGAAGAUUGCCCUGGCAUAGGUAGCUGGACCUCCACCCUUUUUAGAUAAGGCUCCUGAUAAGGCUCCUGAGCUGCCGAUCGGCUUGGCAGUUUCAUUUAGUCUUGGAGUUGCAGUAGUAAUAGGGGCCACACGGUGAGGACUGGGAUCAUCCCCACCGGUCCAGAGGAGUGAGGGGGACAGGGUCAGUUCCACAUAGCUACAGGUUUCUGACUUGGUACUGUUAGACAGGAUAGCAGGGCAGCGGCUUUCCACCCCACUAACUGCCUGAUUAGACUUCUUCUAGGAAGACGAAGAAUAUCCCUCCAAUCGGCUAAAACACAAUUUGCAAUCCGCACCCCGGAACCAGUACCCCCCUGCAUGCAAAACUGCUAGUGGUCAGAUUGGUACAAAAUCAGUAUUUUUUUUAAUUUUUUUUGAGCUGCAGGUGCUGAUCUCUCAAGCGACUGUUCAGCAUGGGGGUGUGGCCCUGUCCCCCCAAUAACUUCAUAAUUUAAUUUUUUUUUUUUUUUUUCUAUUACAUAAUGGGGUUUACUUGGCCAACAGUAGUGAUUAGCCAAGAUUUAUGAAAUCAAGGAAAAAUAAUGAAACACCAGUUCAGCCCACAAGGAUUUUUUCACCUAAAUUUUGUCAAUCGACAAUUGCUUUUUAGUGAAUAGGCCCGUAUGACUGUCGUUGUGUGGGUUGUGUUUUUUUUAUUUGUUUUAUUUAUUUAUUUAUUUAUUUAUUUAUUUUUAUUCUGCAGCCUAUUCCAACUUGGGGGAGACUUAGAGGACUUAGAAUCUGCUUUCAACAAAACUGAUAUUUUUAACAAUCUAGGAUCUGGGUCCUGCUCAGCACUAAUAAAACUUCUACCUGGCAACAAAGAUCUUCUGGUGUCUCAUGAUACCUGGAACACAUAUCAGUCAAUGCUUCGCAUCAUCAAGAAAUAUGAUCUCCCCUUUCGCAGUUCUCCCACUGGUAAGAGCGAUACUAUAUAAUAUUUCCACUUACAGAGACACUAAUGACCACCAUGUCUCCAGAGCACUCCCUUACUGAAUGGAAACUGCACGUCUGUUACAGAGCAAACGUACUGAACGUCUUCCUGGCUAAAGUAAAAGAUGUGGCCAAUGCUGAUUUAAAAGUAUAAAUGGAAGCUCUGCAAAUGGACAGCAGAAUUUUUGACUAUAUUACUAGCAUUUAUAUAGUGUCGCUAUUUUUAUUUACAUUUUAUUCUUCAGAACUUAAUUUUAAUAUGGGAAUGUAACAGCAAAUUUGAUACAGAAAUAAAAAAUUAAAGGAACACUCCACACAUGGCACUUCAGCCAGGGUGUCUUUCCGCUUCUGUUCUCUCCACAGAGCUAAGAGAAGUGGCAGGUGUGCUGGACUAGCGUGUGACUGCCUUCCCACCGUCUUAAUGAGCUGUAUUACAGUUCAUUGAAAAGCUGCGGUCAUAUGGGUGUAUGCACCAUUGGCUCCAGCACAGAGACUUCUCAUAGUUCUCCCUUCUAAUAUUCACUUUCACUCUUAACUUCUCAUUACUAAAAUAUAUCGAUCUGCUCACCUGUCCCUCCUGACACAAUCUUCAUUGCUCCUACUUUACUUCCCUCCCCUCUCCCUUAUUUCAUCACAUGCACUCUACUUACACCUUUCCAGCCUAUCUCCACCAACUCUUUCUAAAUUCUCUAAAUACAUACCCUCUCUCAAAACUUUCAAAUGCUCCUCCCACUUUCGCUUCCUUUCUAUCCUUCUGCUCCUAGUACUUCUUGCGGAUGGCUCCCUUCCUUUGGAAUAGCCUGCCUACCACCAUCAGACUCACCCCUAGUCUUCAAUAGUUUAAGUGCCCUAAAACCCAUCUCUUUUUUUUUUUAGGAAAGCUUAUGGCCUCCCAGAGUAACCUCUACCUCACAUACCGGUCUCUUGCUCUCUCCAAAAGGGCAACACUCUCUCUCUCCUCCAGCUCUGCUUCACUCCAACUUUUUUUUUUUGACUGCUAUCUCCUGUCCUAUUGUGUUUUAUACUCCACCUCCUGUAGACUGUAAACUCAUUUGAGCAAGGUCCUCUUUAAUCUAUAGUUCCUGUAAGUUUUCUUGUAAUUGCCAUAUUUAUUGUUAAAUCUCCCCCUUUUAUAAUAUUGUAAAGCACUACAGAAUCUGUGGGCACUAUAUAAAUGCCAAUAAUAAUAAUAAUAAUAAUAAUAAUAAUAAUGACUCCGAUUAAUGUAUUUCAGGGCAAAGGCUGGGGAAGUUGAGAAUGAUUUGCAAAGGUUGUAAAAAGUAGGUCUGCUUCUCUUGCAAGGCUCUUUUUAUAUUUUUUAUUUUAUUAUAUACGCCUAUGGAAAACAUACAGAUGAAAAUACAUUCAUGUUUUCUUUGGGGCUUUAUCUACUAAAUUUAUCAAAACGAUUAAUACAUUUUCAAUGUAUUAUUGAAUGAUGUCCCUGCUGGAAUAAGUGUACUAUUUGGAAGCAAAUGACGGAUAAAAAUCGGAGGAAGAAUGUUGGGGCUGACGUUUCCAGGUAAGAAAGGUGAGAGUGAGGAGGACAGUGAAACAACUAAUUAUGUUAGGAGUGUGGGAAAGAAAAGCUAGGACUAAGGCAAGUCUAAGAGCAAGUGUCUGAUGGGGCGAGGUAGUGUAUUCCAAAGCAUAAAAUGUUGCAACGUGUGACAUGAAUUUGCACUUAUCUAGGAGUUUGUCCUUUUUAGGGGGCUCCACAGUGCCAGGCUCGGUACAGACCUUCUCUUCUUACCCUGGCACCAUUUUCUCUGGAGAUGAUUUUUACUUGUUGAGCAGUGGUCUGGUAAGUUUUGGAUUGUUUCCAACUGGAACAUAUUUUGUGCAUAAGUCGGCAAAGUAGACUACUAUCUGCAGGAUAUAGAUUAAUAUAAAUGUGUAGAACAUAUGGGUGACUGAUAUUGGUUAGAAAUGGUGUAAAAGGGACUGCCAAAUGUCACAUUUAGUCAGCAGGGGUAAACUUGGACUGACUUUCCAAGUAUGAUCAGUCCUUCAUAGAUAAUAUAGCAGACAUAUUGCAGUUAAACAUGUGUUGGGAUUGUGUUUCCUGUGGGUAAUCUAAAACAUUUGGUUUGAUUGUUACACAAUACUAUUACUUCACAAAAUCUCUGAUCAAUGGCUUAUGGGCAAAAAUACAAAACGUGAUAACUUUCAUGUCCUGCAAAGUCUGAGCCAUGUAGAGAGACAAGGGGACUUUGCUUUUCUUAGCAUUUUCUUUAUUUAUUUUUUUGAGUGACCCUAAGCCCUGUUGGUGGAGGUAUUGACAGGUGCAUUUUUCUUGUCUUCUUUGGCUUUUGAGGACCAUGAUGUGCAUGCAGAUUUUAAAACCUUUCUUUCUAUAUUUAACUGUGUACGUUGUACAGGUUACCCUGGAAACAACCAUUGGUAAUAGCAAUCCCUUACUCUGGAAAUACAUCCAACCACAGGGCUCAGUGCUAGAGUGGUUGCGUAAUAUAGUAGCCAACAGGCUGGCUACUGGAGGACAAGAGUGGGCUAAACUCUUCGAGAAGUUCAAUAGUGGAACGUAAGUGGUGGCUUUCAAAUGUUGGUAAAUGAUUAAUAUCACCUUUUAUUGUUUCUGUAUGUGCUGAAGGGACAGAAAACUUUGUACAGUAGUAAUCAAAAUGCAUACAACUAUGCGUCUAAAGGAACAUCCUGAACAAUUAACCGUGCACGUUUUUACAAACACAGAUCGACACAAUAAGAGCUCUUAUGUAAUCCCAUUACACCUCUUCCCUUAAGAGGAGUCUGCUUAAAGGGACACUGAAGGCACCCAAAUCACUUCAGCUCAUUGAAGUGGUCUGGGUGCAAACUCCCAUCACCCUUAACCCUAAGCAUGUAAUUACUACUUUUUUUUUUUUUUUUUUUUUAAAUAAACUGCAAUACUAACCUGCUAGGGUUUACUCCUCCUCUAGUGGUGGUCUACAAGUCAGCCACUAGAGGGAUUUCUGAGUGGAUAGGCGACUUUUGGUCACCUAAACAAUGCUGGACUUCCAGCGUCACCGGAAUCCCCAUACGAAAGCAUUUACUAAUGUUUUCCUAUGGGGAAAUCCUAAUGCGAACGUGACCAUUGAUGCGCAUGCCCAUUAGGUCUAACGCGCCGGCAGAUGUUGGCGGGGGAGCAGUGUGGGCAGAGCUGAGCGAGCACCGAAGGAGCGUCCUUUGGUGCUGGAGCGAGGUAAGUAAGUGACAGUCAAGGGUAGGCUUGACAGAGGGGGAAGCUAUAGUGCCAGGAAAACGUGUGUGUGUGUGUGUGUGAGAUAUAUAUAUUCAGCUGAGCCAGUUAUGUUUGGUAGAGAAUGGUUCCACUCCCAUGUAAAUGCAUGAUCAUCCUUUACCACAAAGUCUCAAACCUAUGCUUUGUAAAGAGAUGUUAUCUUUUUAUUUUCUAUUUUGGAAACCAGAAAGGUUUUUGGCUUGUGGAUUAUACAGUUUAUUUUUCGCUCUUAAUAAUCCCAAUAUCUGGUUUUGUUUUUGGUGUGGUGGGGUUUUGUCUUUUUUUGGGGGGGGGAAUCUAGGGGACAGCUUAUUUUUGGUCUUUGUACAGUUGUAGGGAGAGCAUCUCAUCUAAAGUGGCUUCAUUCUAUUUAUUGUGUGGUGUGUGUUUUUUUUUUUUUUUUUGUGGUUUCUCCCAGGUAUAAUAACCAAUGGAUGAUUGUGGACUACAAUAAAUUUCGUGUUGGACAAGCUACGGCUCCUGCCGGCCUUUUAACUGUCUUAGAGCAAAUUCCGUAAGUAAAAUUUAUUCUUUCUUUCUUUCUUUUUUUUUUUUUUUUUUUAAAUAAAUUAAAAAAAAGCUGCUUUUUGACGUUGCUAUCUGGGAGUUAGCCAAGUGCAUAUUAUGGAAUAUGUUUAUACACACAGCCAACUUGCUCUUAUAAGGCAACUGAAAAGGUUGUAUAAUAUUAAGACGGCAAAUUACUGGUAUAAGAUUUAGUGAUACACUGUGAGGUAUAUCUAUUUUGUUUGUAAAUGUGCCAUUUUAAAAAGGGAAAAGUGAAAUGAUUCAAGUCAGUUGUUCCCUACUUGUACCUUUUAGAAAUAUAAAGAGGGUUUUUUUUUAAUUUUUGUAUAGAAUAUUAGACUAUAGCGUCCUUAAUAACUUUUUUUUCUUUGUUCCAUAUCUCCCUUCAGCGGCAUGGUGGUGACAGCUGAUCUGUCAGAUGAGCUUUACAGCAAAGGAUAUUGGGCCAGCUACAACCUCCCGUACGUUCUGAUCAUUUUACUCCAUUACUAGCAAAUAAGGAUGUUAAUACUAUUCUUUCUAUCAUAAAUAGAGAUUCAAACUUCAGAUUUAGGUAUUGGCAGAAAAUAAUUACUUAUGGAGACCAUGAGAAACAUCUCCACUUUGUGGUCUGCGUGUCCCCACACUCGCCCUUCCCCUUAUGUUCUUGGAGAGGCAGCAUUUACAUUGCCUUCCUAAAAAAUGAUCGGGGACUAGCCGACCAUCCAGACUGCUUCUCUAACUCGUGGCUGUUGGAUUUACAUUGUAAACGAUAGGUGGUUUGCAGAAAUACUUACAGUAGCUAAUGAAGUAAUGUCUGUAUGCGUCUUUUAUUUGUGUUCCCUUCACAGCUAUUUUAAACAGAUAUUUAAUGUCAGUGGACUGCCUGCUUUGGUGGAAAAGUAUGGUGACUGGUUUAGCUAUGACCGAAAUCCUCGCGCGCAGAUAUUCCACCGAAAUCAAACAAAUAUACAGGAUCUGAAUUCAAUGAUACAGUUAAUGCGGUGAGUUUUUCUUGAUAGUUUUCCAUUUUGUUACAUUAAGUGCACCUGUCAUGACAAACUGUUAAGCUGCUCACAAAUUUAUAGUUUUCUGCUCUGUUAUUUGGACCUUCUUGGCUUUACUUCUAUGCCAUCGGUAUAAGACUACACAAAUGGAUAUUCAGGAUAAUAGCUGUGUAAUAGGUGGAGUGGUGGGGUUCCACAAUCUAUGGUGUGAAUAUCCACAUUAGCAAUUGUGGGAUAAAGCCUGCAUAAUUAGGGGCUGCUCCAUCUAUUCUAUUCUAGGGUUCCAUGUUUCAAGAUAUUACUUUUAAUCUUUAAAUUUCAUUUAUACACUGAAUUUAUCCCUAUCUGAAUGGGAACUUAUCUGUAUUCUUUUGAUUUAAUACUGUAUUAUGCUACUUGACUGUGAAACUAGAAUUUUGUUUUUCUGCUUGUAUUUUAGUUCUUAUCUAUACCAAUAAAGGUUUUAAUUUAACUCUUGGGAUGUAUUUAGGUCCAAGUUGUCUUCUGACGUUGAUCAUCAACCAUAUACUCCUUUUCCACACCCCUCAUUGUUCAUAUUGACUUUUUUUUUUUUUUUUUUUUUAGAAUUAAGCUUAAACUCUACAUUUACUUCAGCAUCCUAUUGUAGUUUUCUAUGCAAUCAUCCCUGUCUAAUACAAAAGUAUACAUAGUCAUUAGACUUGUAUAUCAAACAAAUUUUGCUGCCUGUGUUUCCAGCCAUCAGAGGUGAUAUAAAAUUGGUAUGCAGUGAUUUCUGUUUUUCUCCACUUUACCUUCCAUAAAUGGGGGGAAAAAAGUAACAUAUUUUUACUACUUAUUUUAGAUACAAUGACUUUCUAAACGAUCCCCUAUCAAUCUGCUCAACUUGUAUUCCCAAGCCAAAUGGGGAGAAUGCAAUCUCUGCUCGAUCAGAUCUCAACCUAGCAAAUGGCACCUAUCCAUUUGGAGCUCUACGCCAACGGCAACAUGGAGGCACAGACAUGAAAGUAAGUGUGGGUGGGAAUUUAUCACUAUCGUUCCCUGACCCCUCUAAGUGUAUACCGUUAUAUCCCGUUAUCACAUUCUCCUUGACUUCACUGGUGCAAAUAGUGAAUAUUUUAGAAGAUCUAAAAAGAUUUAACUUUAUUUUUUUUAUUGCACCCCUCCCCCCACAGGUAACCUCAUUUGCCAUGGCCAGCAAAUAUCAGAUGGUGGCAGUUAAUGGACCUACAUGGGAUCAAGUCCCACCUUUCCAAUGGAGCACAUCUCCUUUCAGUAACCUCAUGCACAUGGGUCAUCCAGACUUAUGGAAAUUCUCUCCCAUCGUCAUUAGCUGGGACUAGAAUAUGAUGAUCAGUACUUUAUACAUCAGCCAUAUGGGUUUGUCUUCCCUAAUCGAUACUCCCUUUUUUACAGAAAUAAUUUUGGAUUGUGUCUGUAGGAUCUGAAAUUAAUCCAGUGACAGUAGUAUUAUCAGCAGAUUCUUGAUACUAUGAUAUGUUUGCCAAAAGUAGUGUGCUGAGCUUUUUGUUUUAAAGGGAUUUUCCACAAAUGAUGAAUAAAGGGAUGUGCUAUUGUGCGCUUUUUUUUUUUCUCCUCCCUUCUUCCUCUUCUCGGUUUGGAAUGGGAAUAGUGUCAAGAUGAACUGCCCACACCAGGAUGCUGCAUUAUUGUAAUGUCUAUAUAAAAUUUCUGGAAGACAAAUAAUUUAAACCCAGAGAUCAGAAGCAUAGAUCUGUCUUGAUUUGAUAUUAGCCACUUUGUGUAGUAAUUUCCUAGUUAUAUGAAUAUAGCAAGAGAAGUUACUUAGAAAUGCUUGUGUGAUUCUGUCAUGCAGUGGCGGCAAGAGGUUGCAGACAGGAUAUUAUUUGAAUGCUUUUAAGAUUCAUGCAAUUAGUAUGUUGGGCAGUGCACUGAAGGCCACAUGCAUUAUCCACAUUCAUUUGAAUCCUAACUUCUCAUACUUCAGUUCCUGUAUGGACCUGUGUUCAACUGAACGUUUUGGAACCCUGGUAGAAGAAUAUGGGGUUCCUUGUUCUAAAUUCAGUGUUUUACAGCUUCAGGUUCCCAGUCUGCAAUAAAAGGAAGAAAACAUGCCAACUCAAGAUUUUCUCCAGAAAAGGGGUGCAUGGUGUACAAGGGUGUAUGUUAAUAGUCUCUGCUUUGAGUCCUGCUUAUCCUUGUGUAAUUCUAUUCACUUAUGCUUGACUCUGGGGAAAAACUAUGAAGGUAAAACAGUCUGCAUUUACUGUGAGACAAGGUACUUGUGCUGAUGGUUAACACAGCCAGCUUUCGUCCCAUUACCCUUUCUUGGUGAACUAUGCAAAUAAUGAGUUAGCAAUAAAUCCUGAAUUUUGUUUUAAGAGCUGAAUGAGAUUUUGAUUUGCACUUUUUAUACACCAUUUUAUGAGGCAUGUUCCUCAAUCAAAUGUCUGCUUUAAAGUCAAUAAAGUCGAAUGUAAUUUUGUUAAUGUA